CCACACUCCAGCAUAGCGGAUAUGGCCAAGGCAAAGAAGCGAGAAGUCUCAGUGCACUCUCGCGCUGCCCGCCGCGGUGAAGCACCACCUUCAAAGGACCUGCUCACAAGCAAGACUCCUGCUGAGCAAAGCGACUACAAGCCAUGGCUACACAGCGUGCAGAACUCAGGCAUCCAGAAGAAGCAAAAGAAACAGCAGCUUACCAGAGCUCAGAAGCUGCGCCAGCAGAAGGGGAUGGAGCGAGCCGACGAAAAUGCUGAAAAGCUGGAAAAGAAGAUCGCGGAUAGUAAGAAGCGAGGAAAGGCUGUCAAGAGCAGGAAUCCGGACUGGGAGGAGCUGAAUGGCAAAUUGGUCGCUGUGAAGGAGGCGCAGCGGGAUGCUCUUGCGACAAAUCUUGCCAAGCUGAGAGAGGAUAGUGGCAUGGAGGAACGGGAUCGCGACGGCGACGAACAGAUGGUGCCAGAUUUGGAGCAGCCACUGCCGAUUCGAAGUACAGAGAUGUCUGGAGCUGAGGAAGAACCAUCAAAGCCAGCUCAAGCAAUAUCUGGAGCACCGGCUUGGGUGUCGCAGCACGCUCAGCCGGAAGAUUUGGAGGACAUUACUUGAGACAUUUUUGGACUUUAUGACCUCCAAAGUUCUCUACAAUCCCCUGGACCGAAGACAACAGUAAUGGAUCAAACCAGCCAAAUGCUGUGUACCACCCAGGUCCUGCGGCACAGCUCGCGCGGCUUGUUGCCAGAACGAGAGCGGUACCGAUCGCGUGGCAUCCCUCAUGCUAUCGCGCUUUCAUGAGCAGAUGAGGAUAGAUAAAUUGGCUACAAGAAGGCUAGACAUGGUCUAUGAGUUGUGCAUUAUGAGCAAGGAUGCACCUGCCUUCGGGACGCUCAGCGCAGACACCAGCGCCAAGCCAAGCAUGCCUCGAAUGAGCAGAAUCGAUUCUUGGUGCGCUUCUUCGCGUUACCACGAGAAUUGCAUGUAUGCACUGUGCAUGCCACGAACAAAGCCUUCUGCCUGAUGGUAGAUAGACCAAUGGUCAUCUAUCAAAUGCUUUGACUUGUACUGUAGCUGCCACGACUGCAUUAUGUAUGCCUGAUGCGAGAACGACAAGGCUGCAGCUCCUACGCCAAAGGAUGCGGAGCUAGAACGACCAACAACUUAUACGUGUUUAGAGCUCCUCUCAUUACUUGAACGCCUGGCAAGCCUUCACAUUAUUUACUUGUUUAAUGAGGCCGAGUCACAUUCUAUG